AUGACGGACGUCGAUACGUCAGAUAUCUCUAAGGAAAUUGAGCGCAGACAGGGACGUCUCCGCGAGAUUGACAAUUCAUUGGCUCAAUAUGGGAAUCGGCCUGGCUUUGGCAAUCAACUUGGACAAAAGCGUCGCAACACCGAAGAGGGACUGCCACCAAGGCGCUUGUCGGAACGCAAUGACAGCUCUGGUGGUUUUCAAAGACGACGGACAAUUGAAGCUAAGCGAGGCCGGUUUGAGGAUGUCGAGGACGACGACUUCACUGACGAGGAGGAGGAUUACGAUGAACGCCCCAAGCGAUCCCUGCUCUCUACUGUAUCAUUGCCUGCUAUUGAGACGAAGAGCCGUGAGGAAAAGUUGAAAGAGUUGGACUCAAAGACGCAGAAAGAUGUGAAACAAAGAAACAAGCGUAUGUUUGCUAACUUGCUUAUGGGCACUCUACAACGUUUCCAAAAGGAUGAGAAGAAGAUUCAAAAUGUGGAACGGGUUCAGGCUGAAAAACAACGUGCUGUUGAUCAAAAACUUGAGGAAGAAAAGACAGCUCAGAUUGAGAAGUCAAGGGUCGAACGCGCAGAUCUUUUAUCCAAGCGACGAGACGAGGAACGGGAGAUUCGCGCUUUGACUCGUCGUAAAGCUUUGAUUCAAUAUUCUGAGCAAAAGAUCAACCACUACAAGCAGCUGCAGCACUUUAUUGGAACCCAAACCAAGCCAACAAUCUUCUAUCUGCCAAAUAAGCAUACUCUGCGCAGUCUGGAGCUCCAGAAGCAAAGCUCUGAAACAAUAGAUGCUCUGAUCAAGUUGCGUCAGGAACAACUCGCCACCGAUCUUGAAGCUGAUCCAGAGGCUAAGCGUGAAGAACGUCGGGAGGCUUAUCGUAGUAACCAAUCAAACAACGGAGCUGAAAAGCGUGUGGAGAAGGAAACCCGCGAACGUGAGAGAUCACGAUCCAAUUCACCCAGUGGCUCUGAGUCUGAAGCAGACCAUGAAAAUGGUGGAGAGCAGGAGAAAGAGGGAGAAAAGGCGACUGAAGAGGACAAAGCCGUCAAGGCCGAAGAAGAAGAGAUGGACGAUGAUGAAGGAGGACAAGCAGAUGAUGAUGAUCACAUCGAA